UUCGUGUUGUUUUUCAAAUCACACGCUUGCCUUGUUCUUACAUUGCAUCAUACAAAAUCAAAAAAAUAUUGUAGCCAUUCCUAGAUAUGGAGAAGAAAACAGUGACACAUGUUAUAUUUGAUAUGGAUGGUCUUCUUCUAGAUACAGAGAGAUUGUAUACAGAAGCUACUCAAAACAUUUGUGAUGAAUUUGGCAAAAAAUACACAUGGGAAAUAAAGCAACAGAUCAUGGGGAAAAAAGAAGCAGUGUCAGCCAAAAUGAUUGUUGAUAUGCUGGAACUUCCGAUGACAGUUGAUGAGUACCUAAUAAAGAUUCAUAAAGAAUAUGAUAGGCUCUUUCCUUCAGUACCAUUCCUACCAGGAGCUGAAAAACUAGUCAGACACCUACACAAGCACAGUGUGCCUAUAGCAGUAGUGACGGGGUCUAAUACACACAGUUUUGAGCUGAAGACUGUGAACCACAAGGAUUUUUUCUCACUGUUCCACCAUCAUGUACUAUGUGGUGAUGAUCCAGACGUCAAGCAUGGUAAACCACACCCAGAUGCUUUUGAAGUAGGGGCCAUAAGGUUUGAUGACAGUCCUGACCAUGCAAAGAUAUUGGUGUUUGAAGAUGCUAUGAAUGGUGUUGAGGCCGCACAUGCAGCUGGCAUGCCAUGUGUUUGGGUUCCCCAUGCAGAGCAGGACAAAACAUUACUGGAGGGAAAAACGGAACUUAUCAUAGACUCUCUGGAAGAGUUCAAGCCUGAAAUGUUCGGAUUACCUCCAUAUGAUACUUGAUGUUAAUCUAUCAAUAGCGAUUUUUAAUUCUUUAUUGAUUUUUAGAUUGAUUGGAAAUACGGGCGAUUGAUUUAUUUAUGAUUAUGAAAUAUACAUCAUCUUUAUGGCGAUUGAUUUAUUUAUGAUUAUGAAAUAUACAUCAUCUUUAUUGCA